GCAGUUGGCCUUUCAAAAGGACUUCAAAGACAGCCCACGUCUUUUGAGAUACCAAUACGACCGUACAGAAAUAUUGGAUGUGAUGGUGCAGACCUACGGGCGACAGUCUGUGGAUGAGACCAGAGAGAUUUUAAAGAAGUUGCACAGAGUUGAUCUCAUGCAGAUGUUUUCAGAGACUAGCUCAGAACCCAAAGUGGAUGAGCAUCAACCUCCAGUCUUUGAAAAAACGGUAAAGGAAGAUGUGGAACAUGUUCUUUCGGAAACAUUGAGUGGUUUGAAACUUAUGGAGUUUGAGAAAUUUAAGUGGGUGCUGCAGCUCACAUACUUCCAGAGGAGUUUUACACGAAUCCAGUGGCACGACAUGAAGUCGGCAACAACUCCAGAUAAACUGGUGCAUCUGAUGGUGAUGAACCAGCAGCCUGUGGAGGUGACCAAAGAGGUUUUAUUGGACAUGAACAGGACUGAUCUAGUUGAGAGGCUGAUGGGGACAGACUCAGGACUUCAAGAGAAACAUCAGCCUGAACUGCCUCAUCAAAAAUCCACAGUAACAUCACUUCAUUGGACACUUUGGGAAACACUGAGAGGCUUACGAUAUGACGAGCAAGAGCUAUUCAAGCAACACCUGCUGCAUAUCGCCCAAGAAAAAGGCCUCCCAGGAGCCCCAGAACGACAAGUGAAGACGGCAGACAGAGAUGGUAUAGUGAUGCUGAUGGUGGACAUCUAUGGCCAACAGUCUGUUGAGCUGACCAAAGACGUUUUAUACAGAAUGAACAAGACUGAUCUGCUAAAGACGCUCUCAGGGACCAGCUCAGGAUUCAACACUGAGAAGAAACUUCAGCAAAAAGAUCCACAACAUCAGGAAUCAACCAUGACACCGGUCCAUUCACAGCUUUUAGAAACACUGGAAGAAUUAGGUUCAGGGGACCUGGAGAAAUUCAAACAUGCCUUGCUCCACACUAAAAUGAAAGAAGGGCUCCCAAAAAUCCCAAAGGACCAAGUGGAGACCGCAGACAAAGAUGAGAUAGUGAAGCUGAUGGUGGAGAUCUAUGGCCAACGCUGUGUGGAGGUGACAGAGGAUAUUUUAGAGAUGAUGAACAGGACUGAUCUGGUCGGAAAGUUGUCAGAAAGAAGCUCAGUAUCUAAAGGGCCUUUUGGUUGUGUGGAGCCUGACGACUGUGGACAAGAAAUGCCGGACUCUGGUCACUGGACCAAACUUGAUCCUGAAGUGAACAGUACUGAUGGAGAUGAGUCUCCUACAUACAGCCUACAGAGUGAAGUAGGAAACGGUUUUGAAUGCAAUGUCUCCGGCAUUCGCUGGAUCUGUAAGGAUAAGGUCAGCUUUCAGUACAAGUUUUGCUCUUGGGAGGAACACAUUGAGAGGAUGGAAAGCUUGAAAUACUUGCCUGCAGGUCCUCUAAUGAACAUCAAAGUCAUUGCUGGAAAGUUUGAUGAAGUGUACCUGCCACACUGGAUCUGCAUAGACGGCAACACUGACAUAUUAGGAGAGUUUGCCGUCCUCCACAUCGAUGACUGUGGUGAUGUUGUGGAACAAGUUUCCGAGUCACGUCUUGCCAUGUCAAACCAACACUUUGUGGAUAAAUAUCAACUCCAGCUCACCGACAGAGUGAGCCACAUGGAUCCCAUUCUGGAUCGGCUCCUCGAUAGAGGUGUCCUCCAGCGUGAGGCUUACGAUACAAUCAGAGCUCUGCCGACCUCUCAGAAGAAGAUGAGAGAGCUCUACUGCGGUUGCCUGCAAGCUGGUGCUGCUAGCAAAGAUAUCUUCUACCAAAUCCUUCUGGAAAAUGAGAAAUUUCUCAUUGACGACCUCAAUACAAAGCACUAA